UCGCCAAGUUUACCCACAGGGUGAGAGGGAGGGUGUGCUGUGAGCUGGAGCUGAGGACGGCGGAGGGGAGGCGGGACGAGGAGAAGUUGUCCAUGUCGGCGCAGCGCACCAUCCUCUACGCGUAAAGGAACGCAAAAGCUGAAUCUUCAGGCUUCACAGACCUCUGCAGGUAAAUAGAGACCGGAACCCGCCGUCCGAGACCAGAUUCCAUCCAAUUAAGGCAUCGCCAGGCUCAGAUGUUUCGAUGAAUUUCUUCGGCAAACUACCAGUCUUCCUGCUGUUGGUGCUCCUCGCAGCGCAAGGCUGCUUCUCGUCCAAGGCAGAGGACAGAUUAUUCCGAAAGUUGUUCCGAAGAUACAACCAGUUCAUCCGACCUGUGGAGAAUGUGUCUGAUCCAGUUACGGUGGAGUUUGAAGUGUCCAUAUCACAGCUUGUUAAAGUGGAUGAGGUGAAUCAAAUUAUGGAAACUAACCUGUGGCUGAGACAUGUCUGGAACGACUAUAAACUGAAAUGGACCCCUGUUGACUACGAUGGCAUCGAGUUCAUACGAGUUCCAUCCAACAAAAUCUGGAGACCGGAUAUCGUCUUAUACAACAAUGCUGUUGGUGACUUCCUUGUAGAAGACAAGACUAAAGCUUUGCUGAAGUUUGAUGGCACUAUCACUUGGGUCCCCCCAGCUAUAUUCAAAUCCUCCUGCCCAAUGGACAUCACUUACUUCCCCUUUGACUACCAGAACUGCUCGAUGAAGUUUGGGUCCUGGACUUAUGACAAAGCAAAGAUCGACUUGGUGCUCAUUGGCUCAAAGGUGAACCUGAAAGACUUCUGGGAAAGUGGGGAGUGGGAGAUUAUUGAUGCACCUGGAUACAAACAUGACAUUAAGUACAACUGCUGUGAGGAAAUCUACCCAGACAUCACCUACUCCUUCUACAUCCGCCGCCUGCCUCUUUUCUACACAAUAAAUCUCAUCAUCCCUUGCCUCCUCAUCUCCUUCCUCACGGUGCUGGUUUUCUAUCUCCCGUCAGACUGCGGGGAGAAGGUCACCCUGUGCAUCUCCGUCCUGCUCUCCCUCACUGUGUUCCUGCUGGUCAUCACUGAAACCAUCCCCUCCACGUCGCUCGUCAUCCCGCUGAUUGGAGAGUAUCUUCUCUUUACCAUGAUUUUUGUAACUCUGAGUAUCGUCAUUACUGUCUUUGUGCUGAAUGUCCACUACCGUACUCCAAUGACUCACACGAUGCCGGAGUGGGUGAGGAUGGUGUUCCUCGGGGUGCUGCCCAGAGUGAUGCUGAUGAGACGGCCGAUUGACCAGGGCUGCUCAUCACCCGCCAGAAUUACAGGAGCGACAGGAGGAGGAGUCACCGGCGGAGGUAUUAAGAAGAGAAAGACCAGCAUAGGAGGAGGAAGCAGCUCAGGAAGUGUUGGAGGCAUAACUGGAGGCGUGGCAUGCCCACCGCUGGAUAGUGGCUCAGGGGGAGGUGGGACCUCCUCGGCUGGUGGCUCCAUGAACUGUGUGGAAUAUGGCGACGUGAACCGUGACCUGAACCGCGACAUGACCAGGAGGUGUCCCUACAGAGGCAAGGAGGUGCCAACUCCUGUUCCUCCACCGAUGGUUCCGCCGCCUCCUCCCCAGGCAAACCUGGCUCAGGGGCCUCCAGAGUCAGAGCCACCAAAGGUGCCAAGGCCUUUGAACGCCUCGUCGCCUGUCAGUGCCGUCGUUGCUUUUUCUGUGGUGUCGCCGGAGAUCAAGCAGGCCAUCGAGAGCGUGAAAUACAUCGCGGAGAACAUGAGGACACGCAACAAAGCCAAGGAGGUGGAGGAUGACUGGAAGUACGUCGCCAUGGUCAUCGACAGGAUUUUCCUCUGGGUUUUUGUGACAGUGUGUGUGCUGGGAACUCUGGGACUUUUCCUCCAGCCACUUAUAAGCUUCUUUAAAUGAAGAACUUGUCUUGCCUCUCUUUUUUCCCCCUCUGCUUUACUUGUCUUACUGAUAAUUUCUUUACACCUUAUUGGAGUUACUCUAGAAAAUAUGUUGCAUUUAGCAGUGUCAAAUCAAGCACUAUUCAAGACUAUUGUUGUUCCUUUUUUGGAGGCUUUUGUCACUUCCUCUCUCUGUGUCUGGGGUGCCAUCAUCAACCAUCCUAUUUAGCUCUCUUCUGUAGAUUUCCCUAGACUGAAACACAUCUCUCUAUUCCUCAUCUAUUUGUCCUUUCAGCUGCCAGUUCAGUGAUAUAGCAAAGCUGGUAUCUUGUCUCCUUCCUAGUAUCACAUAUUUUCUGAAGCUUGAUUUUCUCUUCAUCUCCCUUCUGUUGAUUUUUUUUUUUUUACCUCUCCAGUGUUUUACUUUGAGCUCCCACUGGAGGCAUCUUUCCGCUGUCACUAUUUGGAGCAGCAGCUUAGAUAUCAGUUUCCAAGAACUCUUUAGAAACACAUUUCAGUAAAAUGAAGAAGAAGAAAAUUGCUUCUUCUGAAUUACUUUGCAGUAGCACUUAGUUGUUGUAGGCCAGUUUAGUAAACCACAGUCUGGUCCAAUAACGACACUGAGUUGGGAAUUAUAGCACAAAAGGCUCUUUUCUAGAUAUGAUAAUGACAUAGAUAUGUUUUCUGGUAGAAGAUAAUGAUCUGUUUAUCUUUGUCUUCCUCGUAGAGAAAAACAAAAGCAUAGUGCAUGCUGGCCUUUAACCUUUAACGAUGACAUGUUUUCCAGUAUAUUUACAUGAACAGGUUAUGAAUUCAGGACAGGAAUUUGCAAUGUAUGGAGGCACUUUUAACCACAAAAUGUACAAUUAAACCUGUAAAAUGACUUGAAACAAUAAAAAUGUUUAAUGCAAAU